AAAAAAACGACCAUCGACAGACAUCCUUCCUAAUAGUGGCUCAACGUCCGAUACGCAGGAAAACUGGUGAAAAGUUCAAAUGACAACUGAUGCUAUUGAUGAAGCUCUGAAUGCCAUGCAUUCGAGCCCAUUGGGUGGACACUUUGGCCGCGAUAGGACUUGGACAAAAUACAGAAACGCUAUUGGUGGCCAAAUCUUCAGACUUGCGAGAGAUGCCAGAGGGUUAAUAGAAAGGCCAACAAAGUCGCCCCACCGUUACAGCCUAUUCCAGUUACAAAGCCACAAGCCUGGGGAUCAAGAAGUUCAAUCAAACGUUGGAGAACAUGCUGUUAAAGUUGGACGAGGAUGCGGAAUGGGAUACUCUGAUCCCACAAGUUGUCUUUGGCUACAACACAUCAAAGCAUGCAAGCACCAAGUUUUCCCCCUUUUUACGGUACGGAAGGGAACCAGUUUUACCAAAUGAUGUUUGUGAUUCCGACAACGAAGUGACGGAGCAACCAGACCCCAACGAAACUUUCCAGGCUGAAAUCAGUAAGAGUUUUGAAUAUGGCUAACGUCGUUGGAAAGAAGGCAGUCACAAAUAUCAAGGAAGCACAACAUCGACAGAAAAGAAAUUACGACCAAAGACGUGUUUCUCAACAGGACUUGUCUGUCGGUACUAAAGUGUUUUUUUAAAAACCCGGCGGCGACAGUAUCGCAAAGGAGGCAAAGAUGAGAGGCCUUGGCUAGGGCCAUACAUAAUUAGAGGGUUAACAAAAAGUGGAACCUAUCUGUUGACUAUGGAUGGACUAGCGCUGAAAAGCGGUAUUAAUGGUGUGAAUUUUAAAGAAUGGCAGGAAGCACC